AAACAAUUGAAAAAUGGACGACAAAUGGAUAGAUAUAAUGAAGAUGAACAACCAUUAUCUCAUCCAAUCAGUUGGUUUGCACUGUUAGACUCGUGGGAACUGAACAAAAGUGAGGCCAAAUCUGUUUCAAUUUUCGAACACGAUUUAGUUUUGUUUAGGGGUGAGUCCGGUUCAGUGAACAUAUUGGACGCCUACUGUCCGCACAACGGCGCAAAUCUUGGCGUUGGCGGUACUGUUGACGGCGAUUGUAUUCGAUGUCCGUUUCAUUGCUGGAAAUUUGACGGAUCGGGAAAGUGUACGGCAAUUCCCGGAUUGAACUCCAAAUCUCUACCCGAAGUUCGUACCCGUGUCUGGCCGUGUAUGGAAGUGGACAAUUUGAUUAUGGUAUGGUAUCAUCCGGCAGCCCACGAGCCAAAAUGGCGCCCGUUAUCUAUGGAAUCGAUAGCCAAAAAUAAUUAUGAGUAUCGGGGUAAAUGCAAUCUAAUUGCCAACUGUUGUAUCCAGGAGUACCCAGAAAAUGUUGUCGCAAAUUUAGGUCAAUUCAACCAACUAGAUUUAUCUAGGCAACUAUUGGGUCUGGGCAAAUUGAAAACUUAUUGCGCCAAACGGAUAUGUAAAUGGUUUAGCCAAUAUAUUAACUACGAUUGGCAAACGGCCGACUAUGAAACCAAAACCAACGACUACGAUGACAGUGGUCAUAUGGCCAGACAGUUUACGGACGGUAGCUGUUGGCUGUUUGGCUGGAAAUUUGCCCAAUUUUCCAUCCGAAUCAAACAAAUCGGACCGGCAUUGGCCCACAUUUCGACCAGAUAUACAUUGUUUGGUUGCUUGGAAUUUACAGCCCUAUUGAUCAGCACCUGUACACCUAUGGGUGCGUAUAGUAACAGUUUUUGUCAUCGACUAUAUAUGAAACCGGGACUAUUUGGCCGAUUGUUUGCCAAAAUAUUUAUCAAAACAUUGGACAUAAUGUUGUCACGUGACCUAUUGAUUUGGAACGACAACAAAUAUUUGAGACAACCUAUAUUGACCAAAAACAAAACAAGCAUGCUCAAAUUUAGACUCUGGUACAAACAAUUUUUGUACCAAACUGAUAAUGAAUUAUUUUAA